UUUAGCAUUGGAGCAGAACCCAUGGAGCCCGCUUAAUGAAUUCUCUUCAUUUGAUCGAAAAUUUUCAAAAUCCCAAAACCCCAAAUCUGCGCGCCUUUGACCUAAAUAUUCUACCCUAAAUUUUCGAUCUCACGCCUUCAAUCAACAUCUGCAUCGACUAUUUUUUUGCAUCUAUAUACUCGCGCAUACUCGCGCGACACUGAUAAUUCGGGGGGGUUAAUUGAUUUCCAGAUUUUGGGUUCAUGGCUUCGGAAAAGGAAUCUGUAGAGGAGAGCAAGAAGCUCGAGAGUGAGGAGAAAGACCCAAUUGAAGUUGAAGAGAAAGGUGAAGUUAAGGUAGACCCAGAUGAAGAAAAAGAGGAGAAAUUAGAGGAGGUGAAAGAAGAGAAGGACGAGGAAAAGGGGGAAGAAGAAAGCGAAGGGGAUAAGGAAAAAGAAGAGGAAAAUGAAGGGGAGAAAGAGAAAGGAGUGAAAAAUGAAGGGGAAGAAGAGGAGGGUCAAGAUGGAGAAGAAGAAAAUGAGCUAGAAGAAGGAGAGGAUGAGAAAGUAGAAGAAGACCAGAUCAAGGGGAAAAAGAAGGGAAAGAGUGAGAAGAAAAAUGUGAAGAAAAGAUCCAAAAUAGAGAAAAGUGGGGCUAAAUCUCAAAAUGAGAAGGAAGAGUUAUCAUCACCGAGGACUCCAAGAGGGGACAGGCCGACGAGGGAGAGGAAGACGGUGGAGCGGUUUACCGUGAGUGCAACACCCAGCAGCACUGCCUCCAAAUCUGUGGCCAUUGAAAAGGGUCGAGGUACAAAGCUUAAGGACAUCCCAAACGUGGCCUUCAAGUUGUCCAAGAGAAAGGGUGAUGAAAACCUGCAGAUUCUUCACACUAUUCUUUUUGGCAAAAAAUCUAAGGUACAUACUCUGAAGAAAAAUAUUGGCCUCUUCUCUGGAUUUGUAUGGGUUGAUAAUGAGCAGGAGAAGCAAAGAGCUAAAGUCAAGGAGAAGCUUGACAAAUGUGUUAAAGAAAAAUUGUUGGACUUUUGUGAUGUACUUAAUAUUCCAGUCAGUAGAGCUGCUGUAAAGAAGGAAGAACUCUCUGUAAAAUUGUUGGAGUUCUUGGAAUCUCCUCAUGCUACAACGGAAACACUGCUUGCUGACAAAGAGAAGUCAUCGAAGGGUAAGAAGCGAAAGAGUAAGGACUCAGCAAGCAAAACCCCAAGCUCUUCUGAUGUGGCUGAAGGAAAAACCACAGAGAAAAAUAAGCCAAGCUCCAAUUCAAGGAAGAAACCCAAGGAUUUAUCCAAAACCGAGGAAGAAGAUAGUGAUAAAAGUGAACCUUUAGAGAGUGAAAAUGAUCAAGAAGAUGACGAUGACGUAGCUGAUAAAGCAGAAAGUGAGCAGGAAGAGAAUAAGUCAGAGGAAGAAAAGGAGGAAGAGGACGAAGAUGAACCUAGAAAGCAGAAGUCCGUUGAGAAAUCUACUUCAAAGAAGAGUACUAAAAAAGAUAGUAGUGGCAAGACGAGUGAGAAGUCUAAACUUGUUACCAGAGGCAGCCCUUCAAAGUCAUCCAAAAGCUCCGGUAAAUCUACUAAAAAAUCUUCCAGUUCAACAUCUAAGAAAGAUGCUGCUGAAGCUAAAUCGAAGAAUGAAAGUAAGGCAUCCUCGAUGAAAAAGCGGAAGGCUAAUGAGGAAAUUGAAGAGGAUACAAGUGCACCAAAGGAAAAGGCUUCAAACAAGAAACGAUCAAGCAAGUCUUCAACAGAUCAAGGCAAAGGGAAAAGCAGCAAGAAGGCCAAGACCGAACCCAUUAACGAAGAAAUGCAUGCAGUGGUAGUAAAAAUACUGAAGGAAGUAGAUUUUAAUACUGCAACGUUAUCCGAUAUUCUCAGACUACUUGGAGACCACUUUGGUAUGGAUCUGAUGCAUAGAAAAGCAGACGUGAAGGCUAUAAUCACUGAAGUGAUAAAUAACAUGACCGAUGAUGAGGAUGAGGAGGCGGCAGACGAGUCUGGUGACAACAAUUCGGACAAAGAUGAAAAUAACGAAUAGGCUUAGAUUUACCCAGUUGAGUACAUCUCAACCUCACUUGUUCUGAAAUGUAAAGGGGUUUGAUCAGCUGUUUAGGUGAACUAAUGGAACAUUGUUAAUUUUAUUUUGACCUUCUGCAGAUAGACACCAUAAAUGAAUUUGUCUGUAUGCUUAGGAUUUUAACUUAUAGAUGCUACAACUGAUUUAUGUUUUUUUGUACUCAACCGCUGUAGUUGGAUUUAGUGGAUGUUUUAUUAUAGAUGUUUUGUACAACUCGUUUGAGAAAUUGCGGAUAUAUCUUUUCAUUGCCAUUA